GAUGACGAAGAAGACGAAGAAGACGAAGAAGACGACGAAGAAGAAGCCAGAAAGGUUGCAGAAGGAUUCAUCGUAUCCGAUGAAGAAGAAGAUCAAGAAUCAGACGAUUCAGCAGAAGUCACCGUGAGACGCAAGAAAAGAAAGAAGGUGGAAGAAUACGACGAAGAACUUGAUGAAGAAGAUCUCGAUCUCUUGGAAGAAAACACAGGAAUCAAACUAGCACGUUCAGCAGGACCAAAACUUAAGCGUCUUAAGCGAGGCCGUGAAGAUCCUGUAGGGAGCUCACACGAAAAAUCAGAUAAAUUCUUCUCGGACGAUGAAGAGGUAGCCGUUUCUCGUGGCGCUGCUCGUCGUUACGAUGAACCUGACGAUGACUUGGACGAAGUUUUGGGUGACAGACACCGAGAUGACCGAAACGCUCGAUAUUAUGAUGAAAAUCGCGGAAGACGUGCAAAGGGAGGAAAGGCAAUCAUGGAUAUCCUACCAGAAGGAUUAAGCGAAGAUGUUGUAUCAGAUAUGUACGAUAUCUUUGGUGACGGUGGAGACUACGAGUGGGCACUGCAUGAUGAUGAACUCGUCAGCACAGACAAGGAGAGACGGGAACCUCAACUGUCAGAUAUUUUUGAGCCAAGUGAACUUGCAGAGCGCAUGUUGACCGAGCAGGACGAUGCCAUUCGUACCCGUGACGUGCCAGAACGUCUCCAGAUGCGUUUCGAAGGUCUGAAAAAGUCAUUUGAAAAGGCAAGUAUUGAGGAGGUUCGCGAAGAAAGUUCUUGGAUUGCUCGCCAGAUGUGUCGUGUACGAGGCUGGGACCAGCCUCCCGAGAAAUUCCUAAAGUCCAUCAAUUUCAUCGUCGAGUUCUUUAACCGCGAGUUUCUCGAAGUACCUCACAUCAAAGACCACCGUCGCGAUUUUUUCACCGAGAUCGACAAGACAACCGGCAUGACAACCGAAACCUUGACAACCGACGACCUGUGGGAGAUCUACGACUACGACUACAAGUACCAGAGUUUCGCCGACAGACGCGAUGCCCUCAAGGACUUUGUGGCCAAAUGUCACCUGGACGACGAAUACGUGUCCGAGUGGAUCAACAAGAUGGAGCGGGUCGAAGAAAUCGCUGACAUGACGGACUACAUUAGUCUCAAGUUCAGCAACCGAAUCAACGCAAUGCACCAACAGUCAAAGGCUCCAAAACGCCCGACAAACAAGUCGCUUUAUGAGAUCAGUCUCCAGACAAGGAUACCCGAAUUUUUACCUUAUUUCGGUAUCACCGCACGCCAGUUUGGAUCAAACUACAUGGAAAACAACCGUCGCUACUACCCCGAAGACUCGCUCGGAAACCCCGAGAUCGAAGCCGAAGCUUACAUCAGCGGUAGCUUCAUCGACCCUUACAGAGUCCUCAAGGCUACCAAAGACAUCCUCGCCCAGGAAAUCGCGUUCGAUCCUCAGGUGCGCAAGGCCAUGCGCCGGGAUUGGGAAAUCCGGGCUGUUGUCUCAGUCCAGCCAACCGACAAGGGCUUCACGGUCAUCGAUGAGCUGCACCCCAUGCACCCAUUCAAAUACCUCCGUGAGAAGCCAAUCUCGCAUUUCGUGGACGGCCAGUUUCUGCAAAUCCUCAAGGGCGAGGCUGAUAAUCUCCUGACCGUCAAGAUUGACGUGGCUGGAUACGAUCAGUGGCUGAACCGCAUCGCAGAGUUUUACAUCUCUGAUGGCUACAGUGACUCGGUCCAGCAGUGGAACGUGCAGCGCAAAGAUGUGCUCGAGCUCGCGCUUCGGGACCACCUGGUUCCGUUGAUGGACAAGUACGUGCGCGAAAAGUUGCGAAUGGAAGCCCAGGAGUACCUCUGCAAGGCUGCAUCCCGUAGUCUGCAGGCCAAGAUCAACAUCGGUCCCUUCCGUGGCCCUGACUCAGACCGCUACAAGAACGGCAUUCCCCGUGUGGUCACGAUAUCAUCCGGAAAUGGCACGAUGAAGGAUCCUGUCAUGGCCGUGUUCGUAAACCCACGCGGUAAGGUUGUGGAUCAGAUCCAGGUGCCCAACCUUCGCGAAGAGCGCCACUGGAAGGACAUGAUGGAUUUCAUCCGCAGUCGCAAGCCAAACGUCGUUGGUGUGGCAGGCUACAAUGCCGAAACCCGUCGGUUGAUCAAGCACAUGCAGACCAUGGUCAGUGAGAUCAAUCAGCAGCGCGACAGCAUCACCGGCGCAACCGACCUUGUGGUCGUUGAUGAUGAAGCUGCCCGACUCUACAAGAACUCCAAGCGCGCCCAGGAAGAAUUUGCAGAUUUCCCAGAAGUCAUGCGAUACUGCAUUGCGUUGGCUCGUCGUCUCCAGAACCCUGUUCUUGAGUAUGUAGGUCUUGGCCGAGACUUGUUGGCCAUCCCACACCACCAGCUCCAGCACCUUGUUCCCGAAGACCAGUUGUUCUUCUACCUUGAACGGGCACUCAUUAAUGUUGUGAAUGAUCUUGGUGUGGAUCUCAAUGCGGCCAUCCACUCGCCUUAUUUGGCAAAUGCACUGCAGUACAUUGCUGGCUUUGGUCCCCGUAAGGCACAGAGUAUCCUAAAGAAGCUGGACAACAGCGGUGAAUUGGAGAGCAGAACGGCACUUGUGUUGCGCAAGCUGACACCUGCAAAUACAUUUAUGAAUUCGGCAAGUUAUCUGCGAAUCCGCGAUGUUGAUGGCGCCGACAUUCUCGACGACACCCGUAUCCAUCCUCAAGACUACGAGCUCGCACGCAAGAUGGCAGGCGAUGCGCUAGAAAUUGAUGAAGAUGUGAUGGAAAACUUUGACAACAAGGUGGCUAUUGUGACCCGAGUGAUCACCGAGUAUCCCGACAAACUCAAUGAUCUUAUCCUGGACGACUACGCAGUCGUGCUCCGUAAGCAGUAUCACCAGCCAAAGCGUCAGAUUCUCGAACACAUCAAGCACGAGUUGCAGGGUCCGUACCACGACCGCCGCCAGCGCUACUCGCGACCAAGUAUGGAAGAGACGUUUAUCAUGGUGACCGGAGAGACAAAGCAGGUUCUGAGCGAAGGAUUUAUCGUGCCUGCCACAAUCACAUCUGUGCGCGGCAAGAUCGCAAACUGUGUGCUUGGGUCUGGUCUGGAGGGCAUGAUCUACGUUGACAAUGCCUCGGACGACCGGGUGAUGAACAUCGGAGACGUGCUCCAGCCCGGCGAGACGAUCAACUGCAAAGUGCUGCGAAUCGAUCGCGAAAAAUUCCUUGUCGAUUUGUCAGCCAAGGCAUCAGACACCAAACCCAACAGUGAUUUCCCAUUACGAAAGCUUCCCGAUGACAAAUAUUAUGACCGAGUGGCCGAAGCCAUGGCAACCGACAAGCGCAAGGCCAACCGCCGUAAGCAGGCCAAGAGCACGCGUGUGAUCAACCACCCGCUGUUUAGACCAUUUAACCAUCGCCAGGCAGAGGUUUAUCUGCAGGACCGCCAGCGCGGUGAUCUAGUUAUCCGGCCAUCUUCGCGUGGCUAUGAUCACAUCGCAGUAACAUGGAAGGUCGACGAGGGAAUCUACCAACACGUCGAUGUGCUCGAACUCAAGCAGAGCAACGAGUACGGCUCUGGAUCAAAGCUGCAGAUCGAAGACACAGUGUUUGAGGAUCUCGAUGAGCUGAUCGUGACAUACGUCGAGGCUGUGGCCCGUAAAGUAGAAGAGCUGAUGGCACACAGUAAAUAUCAGGCAGGCGGUAUUGAGGCUCUUGAAGAGCGCCUGGCUGCCACCACACGUGCCAACCCAAAGAUGUCUGCAUAUGGCUUCUGUUUGAGCGAAAAGGCCGGUUACUUUGACCUUGGGUUCAAAUUCAACGCCAAUUCACCUAUGAUGCGCUGGGUAAUCAAGGUCUUACCGGACGGUUACCGUCUCAGAGACACCGCGCAUCCAUCUGUUGAUGAUCUUAUCAAUGGUUUCAAAAGAAGACAAGCAGCCGAAGCAAGUCGACGU